AUGUUUCUGCCACAUUUACCACUGUUGUCACUGCAACAUGAAAAAUUAAGAAAAAUUUCACUUGAGGAGGAAGAAGGAGAGGAGGAGUUGACGACCUAUGACGAAUUUGAACACAAUAAAAAACCAGAAACAAGCUUUUCCCUUCGACAGCAAUAUGAACUUGACAAUAAAAAUUCUUUACUUGAUCGUGAAAAACACAUGCAUGUAUUAUCAUCAUUGAGUGGAGACAAUUUUCUUCGACGACAAUUGGACUAUGAAGAGGAUUAUGGUAACAAUAGCAACACAGAACAAGACGAAAUGGUUACACAAUAUAGUAAUAAUAAUAAUAAUAAUAACACUGUCGAUUCAUCGAAAAAUAUACUACUGAACCGAAAGUUAUAUGAUGAUAUUUCUCAGUGUAAUCAACCAAAAUCAGAUUCCACCGAUAGUCUAUGUUUGGAAGUGAACAAUAAUAAUAAGAAGAAUAACGGUCAUUUUCUAUCUGGCACCAGUACUCCCCCUGAUACGAUGUAUAAUUACAAUGGGCUUCCGACAGUUUACUCAUCUUUGGAGAAUAAUAAUAAUAAAUUACCUAGAAAACAAUUUAAUUUACACCUGCAACAAGUCCCACCUCAAUUACAAGUACAACUUACACAAUCCCAUAAUUUACAGAGAUCGCUAUUGGCAAAUUCUUCAGCAACCAACUUGAAUGCUUAUUUACGGGGUAAUCGAAGGUAUUCUUCUUCAGGAAACAGUAACCCUAUUAAUGAUUUGUUGACAAGUCCAAAAUUCAUCAAAUCCAAUAGGUUCAAUAGUCCUAUUCCUCCAUCAACACCAACCACAACAGCGCAAACGUCACCCAUUACCAAUGGCAAUCCCACGAUAGAUCAAAAAAAUAGAUUGGUCGACCAGUUUUACAAUUCUGGUAGAAUCACAUCACCAGGUAGUCGAGUUGAUUUGUCUAACAUGCAUAAAGAAACUCUGUUGAUUUCUCCAACUCAACAAUCAUUUUCAAAAGUAAGCACACCUAAAUCAGAAAGGAAAUUCAAUUGGAAAGAAGAUUCACUUGAGCCACGAGAUGAUUUGACUGAUUUUUCUCCAACCCCACCAUUAGAGAAAAAUCAUAAUUUGAAUGACGAAAUAAUGGAUGACAUUUUAAACAAGGGAGGGUUUAAAUUCAAGUAUGAUGCGAAUCAAUUAGUUCAAGAUAAGGAAUUGGUGAAUUAUCUAUUAAACAUUGACAAUAUCCUUGAUCAUAAUGAAAAUACCCAUGAUAUGAAAAAUAGGAAAGAUACUUCCUUAAGUGAGUUGAAUAAGGCAAUGUCUAAUUUAUAUGAUACAACUUUACUUAAAUCCAAGAAAAUCUUAAUUCCACAUAAAAAUGAUCAUUUUGACUCAUUAACUGAGUUGAAUCAUUUGAAACGAUAUCUAGAGGAAUUACAUAACAGUAUUGAUAGUUUGGGACGAUCAUUGGGUGCUAACAGAAACAAAGUAAGGGAAAGUUAUAAGGACAAAAUUGAUGAUAAUAUAGCUAGAUUGAAUUUAGUUUCUAAGGAAUUGGAAACUUUGGAAACUAAAGCAAAUUUAUUUAGGGAUAAAAUAAGUCAACAAAAGUCAAAUACUACUAAUCAAAUGAUGGAAACCAUAACAAUUUUAACCGAUGUUAAUAAUAAGAUGAAGAAAUAUUCUAUAAUUAAAAGAAAUAGAAUUAUAGUUGAGGUCAAUGUCGUGUUGGGAUUAUUGGUUUUGAUUGUAAGUAUUUAUUAUGGCUACAAAAACAAAUAA